CCCCUCUCUCUCCUGCGCACGCCCCUGCAAAUCUACUUCAAACUCUGCCCCGAACCUAUUAAUCAUGCUCCUUAAACUCCACUUCGCGCGUGGGGGAGCAUGGCCUAGUGAAGGAGUUUUUAUGAGGACUGAUACGGGGGAAGGGAGAAAGAGCCAAGAACUGCUCCCCCCCCAAUCCCCUAGGCUCUCUUGUACAACUCAAUAGCAUUUUGUGUAGGCUGGAAAUUUUUCGCGCCCCCGUGCAGACAAGGCAGAGGGUUCAAGCAGCAAAGUCAACGGCUCUUCGUCCAGGAGUCCCACGACCACCAAGGCAGCGCCACCUACCGGCCUCCCGGCACCCAGGAGGGUACUAUCCAAUAAGGUCUUGCCGCUACUCCUGCACGAUUUUUCCUUUUAGCUUCCCGGGCUCAUCUGCUCCGGUGCGGCGGGAUCGGCUGUGGUUAAAAAAAAAUCUAUCACCCAGCUGCCAGCCUGAUGAUGAGCCCUUCCAAAUAGUUCUACUGGUCUUUGAACAAUAGAUAUUGCUUCAAGAUACAAAGUGUUUUCUUCACAACUAGUGAGACAUUGAAUGAAAAAUGGCUGAAAGUCCUAUGUGGGAGCAAGUUGGAGCAAGUUUUGUACAUCUCUAUUACCGCCACUUUGAUGCCGACAGGGUACAACUAAGUGCUCUCUAUACAGAAGCUUCUUGUUUGUCAUGGGAAGGAGAACAGUUCCAAGGAAAAUCAGCAAUCAUGGAGAAGAUGCUGAAUCUUCCAUUCCAAAAAAUCCAGCACAGUAUCACAUCUCAAGAUCACCAACCAGCUCCAGAUAACUGUAUCCUUAGUAUGGUUGUAGGUCAGUUAAAGGUAGAUGAAGAACCUGUGAUGGGAUUCCAUCAACUAUUUAUUCUGAAGAAUAUGAAUGACAAAUGGAUUUGCACUAAUGAUAUUUUUAGACUGGCUUUGUACAACUUUGCUUGAAUAUUUUGUAUAUUUUCUACUCUCACACUUUUCCCACCCUGUUGUUCUUGGUUUGAUUCAACUUAAGAUAAAGCAGCGACUGGAUAUUUUCAUUUGGUUUUGCUCUACUGUGUAUUGACAAAUAAAAGAACAUAGAUGGCUGUGUAAAACAACCAAAGGGCAACUUCAGGGAAAGGAUGGAGAGUCCUGCAUCAAAAUUUCACAUACUGGGAAAUUGACUCAAAUAGGAGAAGCACCAAUGUGCUUCUUGGGAGAACAGGUGCAAGCAAAAUGUACCUUUUUAAAAGGCUCCUGUUUAGGGGACCAUGUUUUUAUUUGUUGGAACUGAGGGGAAAAUCUUCAUAAGCAUGGAUUUAAUAAUAAUAAUAAAAAUAGCUACUUUUCAUUUUAAAGAAACUCUGGAUUGAAAACCCAGUUCACCUCCUUGAUGCCCCCGCUUUGUGUUCAGCCAAAAAUUAGUUAGCAGUGCAGUUCAUGCUAGGCAAGUUAUUUUUGUAGCUGUACUCAGAACAUCUGUGGGAUGGUGGCUGACACAAAGUAGAUUUUUAUGUAUCAGAUAUUAGAAUAUAGGAAACUGCUUUUUCACACAAGUUUAUAAUGUUUGUGUUACUGUUCCAUCGAGCUGAAUCCUGGUAUCCUUAUGUUCUUAAAUGUGUGAAGCUACCAAUUUCAGCAUAACUUCAGUGAACCAAAAAACUCUGGAUGUUAGGAAUGAGGAAAUGUUAAUCUUUCUUUAAAAAUCAUAAAGCAAAAGUAAAAAAUUUUAGCCUAAAGUCUCCUAUACAAAAUGAGCAAAAUAAUGGCUAAGACUUGGGUUUAUUUUUAACUAUAGAGAGAUGGCAACCUCUCUGAGUCUGAUUAUGUCAUAUUGCUUAGAAUAAUUGCCAAGUAUUUGAUAAAUUAUGAGCACACCAUACUCUUAAAUAUACCAACAGAAGGCACAAAGAGCCAGACUCUUUUGCUUUUUUAUUCUGGUUUAUGAAUUUUCUGAUUAUGUUUAAAAGAAGAUUCUACACAUCAAUUUUGAUAUGUAAAAAUUAAUACAAGAUAUUGAUGCAUACUAGGAAAGGAACAAAGUGGCACAUUUAGUGUUUGGUUCCAAUCAACAAAUGAAGUGUCAAAAUGGAAGUAAAUUUAAAAUCCAACUUACCCAAUUCCUUCAUUUUACAGAGAAAUCACAGGCUCAGAAAAAGUUGUGACUUGCCUAGUCAGGCAGCUGAUUAUUGGUAGUAAUUGAUUUCUGGGCCUGUAGACUUUCCAUUCUCACCUUCUCCAUCCCCACCCCACUGCCACCUAUCUUCCAUUUUUCACAGAAUCUUGAAUUGCUAAAAAAUCUGUUGCAUCUUUCUAGUUGCACCUAUACCUGAAGAAGAAUCCCCUCUACAGAUCUCUGACAAAUGGUCUUCCAGGCACUCUACUCAAAGACCUCCAGUGAGAGAUCAUUCAACUGAUACCCAUUCCACUGUUGACACUGUUUGAUUGUUGGGAAGUUUUUUCUUACAUCAAAUAUAAAUCUGUUCUGCAGCCACUCCCAUCCCUAGCUCCUACUUUUGUCCUCUGGGGCCCAAUAGAAGACUAAUCAUUCCUAGUUGUGAUGACCAUUCAAAUACUUAAAGAGAAGUAUUCUCAAUUCUCUCAGCAUCCUUUUUGCCCUCUAUGAAAGCAGUCUAGAUUGUCUAUCUUUCCUAAAACAUUAGAUCCAGAACAGAACACUUCCAAAUAUAAUUUGACUAAGGCACAAUUUUAGGAGCUUGUCAUCUCCCUUGGUCUGGGUUCUGUGCUGCUGCUUAAAGUACCCUAUAGAUAGCAUUCUUGUUUUUUGGGCUUCCAUAUCACACUGUUGACUUAAAUUGAGUUUGGAGGCCACUAAGAAACCCCUAAUCUCUUUCACAUGAGUUGUCUUCUAGGCACAUCUCCCCUAUUUCCUAUUUGCAAAGCUGAUUUUUUUAAACCCGGACAAAACUACAUUUAUCUUCAUUUAAUCUUAUUACUUUUGCCACUCACCCCCCCUCCCCCCUUGCCAUUCUACCCACUGAAAUAUUCCUGAUUCUUUAUUCUCAUUCAACAUGCCAGCUAUGCUUCAUAGAUUUAGGUCAUUUCCCUAUUUCAUAAGCACAACUGUGCCUGUAUGGAAUUACUUGAGGAAAAUGUUGAGUGGAAUUGGGCUAAGAACAAAUCCUUGAAACACUCCAUUAUAUACCUACCUCUAGUUGACACUAAAGUGUUAAUGAGUCUUCUCUGAGUAUGACCAUUUAUGGAGUUCCAGAUCUCCCUAACUGUGCUUUUCUUGUCUGCUGUCUCUUCAUAUGGAAGAAAGUGACCUACUUGGGAACAGGAAUUGUUUUUUGUUGUUAUCCUUUGCAUUACUAAUACCUAGCACAGUGCUUUACCUAUGGUAAACACUUACUAAAUGAUUAUUGAAUUAAAUCUUGUUUUCAAGGAUAAUAUCAUUGUUAACAGACUAUUUCUACAACAUUCCUGGGAGCUAUCAAUAGAGUGACCCAGUUGCAAAAAAAAAAAGAAAGAAAGAAAGAAAGAAAGAAAGAAAGAAAGAAAGAAAGAAAGAAAGAAAGAAAGAAAGAAAGAAAGAAAGAAAGAAAGAAAGAAAGAAAGAAAGAAAGAAAGAAAGAAAGAAAGAAAGAAAGAAAGAAAGAGGUUAGUUUGGUAUGAUUUCUUCAUAAAGUCACUCUGACUCUUAGUGAUCACCAUUUCCCUUUCUGGACGUUCACACCCUUUUAAUGAAUAGAUUUGGAAUCUAAAGGGAUGUUAGAUAUCACCCAUUAGUUUCUGAGACAGGUUUGGAACUCAAAUUAUCUGGAUUCUAAGUUCAAUGCACUAUCCAUUCCUUCACAUUGAUUGUUCUCUAGUCUAAUGGCCCACCAAUCACAUCUGCCAGUUCUUUCAGUAUCUUGGGAUAUAUUAAUUGGGACUUGGGGACUUCAUCAAGGGCAGCUAGUGUACCCUUAUUGUCUAGCUACCUUGAAAUUCAAUUCACUGUAGACAAUAUUAUGCCCUGUCCAGGCCAAAUAUCAUCUUCCCUGGUAGAGGAAGCAGAAGAUUUAAAAAAAAGAGCUAAGCAAUCCAGUCUUUUUGCUUUUUACUGUUAUACUAUAUCAUUGUUCAACUGCCUCAAAUAGUGGUUUACCUCCCUCCCCCCACUUUCCAUGCCAACAUAGGCAUUUAGAUGGUAGAGUGGAUAGAACUCUGGGCCUGGAGUCAGAAACAUGAGUUCAAUUUACAGUCCCAGACAAUGUCUAAGCUGUAAGACCUUUGGCAAGUCACUUAACCUCAUUCUGCCUCAGUUUCCUCAACUCUAAAAUGGAGGUAAUAAUAGUACCUACCUUACAGGGUUGUGAGGAUCAAAUGAGGAAAUCUUUGUAAAGCAUUUGGCAUAGUGUCUGGCACAUUGUGGGUACUUAGUAAAUGCUUAUUUCCUUUGGCUUCAGAUAAUUUGACAUUGGGCAGCCAGUUUUUUGUAGACCACUAUUCUUUUACACUGAACUUUUAGUUAUCUGCCCAGUCUUCCUUGUUUCUUUAAAAACAAACAGACAAAAAGCUAAAAUCCAUCAGUGAGUUCCUUGCAUAUCUACAAUGAUCCCUUUUGGAAAGUUCCCUCAGGGGUUGCCAUAUUUGACAAGAUUUGGGAGGCUUUCCAUCCUGCCCCAGAUACAUGCCCUAGAAAGAUGGCAGACCUUUCUAUGUUUUGUGUUACACUGUCAAAUAGCCCGCUCACUAUUCCUCAACAGAUUGCUAUUCUUCUGACUACUUUUAGAUGACCCUACAGGACUUAGGGAUCCAUUUAAUUUUUCCAAGCACAGGAAAUUGCUUCCUCCUGAGAUGGUCCAGCUCCCUCUUAGAAGGAAGAAUAACAUAAACUAUUAUGUAAUUCAGAGCAUUCAAUGGUUUUCCCUUCCUCCUUUAAUUGGCAGUUGGUGCAUUUCUGGUAUGUCCUAAUGCUAACAGAACUUGUUCCAUAAGCACAAAUCCAAUUUAGAUCUUAUUAUACAUAUUAUUUCUCUUUUCUUGCCACUUAGCUGAGAAGAAGUCUCAAGACAACCAUAUAAAUUAUCCUGUGGAGAUACCUACUGCUCUUUGUGCACAUGCAUUUGAUUGUAAUUACUUUUUAUGCAGUAAGCAAAAAGGAAUCUUAGUACUUUACAUUCAUUAUAAUCAUAAUCACAUACAUUUAUCUCAUAAAAAAUAUUCAAAAUCAUAAUUUUAGAGCAGGAAUGCACUAUGUGAAACUGCACAUUUUAAAUGCGUGCUGAAUUUAACAACCUAAAGAAAGUCCUGUGAACUAAUUCAAUGGAAAUAUGUUCUCUAUAUGUGUCUUCUGAUUAUCUGACUGGAUAAGAAUUGGCCGAGUCUUCAGCUUCUAUUCUUUUUUGCUUGAUUGUCAUAACCUGCAUGUGUUAAGUAAAAAUAAAAUUUGAUACCUGCAUUAUAGCACAGCCUCUCACAAAUCUGCUAAUACAACCCUCUUUGGUGAAUGGAAUUGAGACACUGAGUUGAGCUGUUGUAUAGCACAAGAGAAAGCCACAUGGUUUCCUGUCUUCUUUUAUCCUCCUAUUUCCAAGAGUGAAAGUUAAAGGUAACUUGGAUACUUAUUUGUAAGGUUGGCCUGGUAACUGUUGUCACCUUUGUAAGUUCCUGGGGGCAGGGACCAUAUCUUCCUUAAACUUUAUAUCUUUCCUAGCACUUUGCACAGAACUGUGCACUAAAAUAAGGGCUUAAUGUUUGUUGAAUGAAUCACUGAAAAAAAAUGUGAAUAUUUGGGGGAACAUGUUCUCAAUAGUUCUUGGGGAAUUUGAAGAUAUUCCUAAGAGUUAUCAAGAAUUGUGCAUCAAAGACUUGGAAAUGACAAUUUGUUUAUUAAAAGAACUCAUUCUGAUAAA